AUGGCGGGAGGAGGGCUUCAUAGUUCUGUAUUUCUUGUAAUGGUCUCUGGGCAGAUAGAAUCCGCAAGGGUAAGAAAAAAACUAAUUGAAAGAUUGAUUUUAUUUCCUUCAAUAUAAACUUGGUCCUUUUUAUUUUUGUGGCUUCCAGUUUCCUGAGUUUGACGAUUUGUACUGCAAGUACAGUUUUGUUUAUGGCCAAGACUGGGUAGUGACGUCGGUAAGUAAUCUACAUGUUUUGGUGUUAAAACUUUGUAUUGUUUUUUCUUUGAAGUAUUUCCUUCAUUAUUUUUGUGAUCAUCCAUUCCUUACAGCUUUUCUUUGGUUUCUAGAUUUCUAUAUUUUUGCUUCUUUUCGGAGUAAGUCGAAAAGCAUGCUGAGUUGCUAAUCGACUUCUAAUAUGCUAAGAUCAUGACAAUUUUCACUGAGUAUUGUCACUGCCAUGAUGCACGCGAGAUUUUGUGAUUGCGUGAAAUUCAGUCAAAUCUGACAUUUUUGUUCGAUUAAUUUUCCUUUUUAUGAAUUUUUGCAGGGUUGGGAAGAAGGAAUUUCCCAAACUACUAAAAAGAGUUUGGAUAGACGACAAGUCUUUGUUUUUAAUUUUCCUCUGGACAUUACCUUCAAAAGUACAAGUCCUUACGGAUGUGAGUUGAUACAGUUUUUUUUUCUUUUGAUUGCAAAGAGUAGGGUGAUUAAAUUUAUGUGAUUAAAGAACUAAAGCUUGGAUUUAGCCCCAAAUGAUAUUUAAACAGAUGAAAAAAAAAAAUAUGGAAAACAGGGGUCGAUCUGCAGAGUAUGGCAGAACUUGACAAGAUUUGGUGCAUGCAAAGGCAAUUCUGCCAUGUGAAAUCUAUAAUAAGGAGAGAAAAAAUUUUGUGUGCAACUGUCAUACUCUGUAGACAGACCUAGACAAGGACAAAGGUAACCAAAUGCAUGUUGUUUUUAAAAAUCACAAACCAAUCUAUAUUUUGAAAAUAAACUGAAUUUAACUCAAAGAACCCCAUCAUUUUAGGGCCUCAAUUAGUGAUCAGUUGCUAUGGCUUGGAUGCCUUUGGCCAUGACGUAGUGCGAGGAUAUGGAGCUGUUCAUGUUCCCAUCUCUCCUGGGAGGUAAGAGAAUGUUUGUGUUUGUGAUAUGAUCACAAAGUGCUUAAUCUGAAAAGUAAUGCCAAUUGCCAGGAUUUCAUAGUAAAAUUUUCUGACCUCCCUAUUCUUAAAUCAGGCCUUUUUCUUGGGAAAUGAUCACAAAGCCUUUUUCUUGGGAUAUGAUCACAAAGUGCUUAAUCUGAAAAGUAAUGCUAAUUGCCAGGAUUUCAUAGUAAAAUUUUCUUACCUCCCUAUUCUUAAACCAGGCCUUUUCUUGGGAUGACUCCCUACAAUUUGUUUAUUUGCUUCGUUUGGUUUUGUUUAUUUUGUUAUUGUUUUUCUUAUAAAUUUGUUUGUAUUUUUUUAUUGUCAAUUGUGUCCUGUGAGCCAGUCACUGUAGUACUUUCUUAAUGAUUUUUGCUAUAUUUUCAGUCAUACAAGAGAGUUGCCAAUGUUUGUUCCGGAGUCCUCAUCAAAAUUUCAAAAAUUUACAAGGUGAGCACAUUUUUGCUUCUCCUUAAGAAGUUAUGGUUAUCAAUCUUUUUCAUUUUACUUUACUUGUGGGACUAGUUUAAUUUUUGUUUAAGUGUACCAUAGUUUUUUCAUGAAAGGCUAGCAUCUCUACAGAGAGAAUAAUCAUAGCAAAGUACCAGAACCAUUUCAGGCUCUAUAGUUGGUCGCUCCUGCUUGUGAAAUUUUUGGAGAAAAAGGAAGAUGAUUAUGCAAAAAGCCAGACCACAAAUAGUGUCUCUUUUUUUGACAAAGUUGGUUGUACGAGUUUGAAAAAACUUUGUUAAAAAAAUUAAUGUACAUGUGCCACAGAGUUUCUUUUUUUGACUCAUGCAAUCUCAUGCAAUGGACUUUUCCCAAAUCAGGAGAGACUGUUCAUGUUUUAGCAAAAAGCCUCUGUGCUUGUGAAAGGAAAAAUAGAAAGAAAAGAAACAACACUCUUCUCCAAAGCAAUAUUAUUUUAUUUUGUUAAUUGGAUGCUUAUUGGUUAUCACAGUUGGUUCCUUGGCAGAAGGCCAGAGUUUGUAGAUCCUAAAGUUGUGGCACAAGGUGAAGGAAGAGAAGUGACACGAGUAAGAUCACAGGGGAGUGUGAAAGUAACAUUUAGUGUUGUGACUCGUGACAUGAAGAAGUUAGGCUAUGACACAGAAGCUGCUACUGUUGCUAUUCCACAUCUAGCUCCUGGAAACACAGGAAUCACUACAAUACGACCAGAAUCUCAAGCUCAUGGAACAGAGAGUCAUUCAUAGUGAAUGAUGAUACCUUUGAAGUGUCGCAAAUGCCCAGCAUAUGCUAAAGGCUGGUUUUCUUGAACCCAACAUAGCAUUCAAAAGAGAGGAGAUGGAAAGACAAAAUAACAGUUGAUUACAUAUGUGGAAGCUUGCUCCUUCCCAUUCAUGAGGGACCUUAAGCGGUCAGGAGAGCAAUGCUAAGGAAAUCAUUGACUAGAAAAUGAAGUUAUAUUUUCUUUUAGAAUUUUGUGAAGGGCUGAAUGUGUGAACUGAAUCUAACCAUGUCCUAAGUUUCAGCUCUUUCAUAGCAUAUACGAGUAGCAUUGAGCUCUAAGAAGAAAUUGCAAUAAGUUGCUAUCAGGGAUUCCAUUCUCAGACCUUGUAAUUCUUGGGAAUUUCCCAAUGUUAUGUUGCAGAAGUUGGCUUGGAAAUGUGCAAAGUUUUAAAAGGCACCUGCUCUGCUGUUGUUCUGCUCAUUAAAUCUCCUG